AUGAGUUGGGAUAGCGAAUAUGAUAUCGUCUGUGUUGGGUCCGGGGUUGGGGGUCUGUCGGCGGCCUUGACAGGCGCACAGGAGGGUGCAAGUGUCCUUGUACUGGAUAAGUUUCACCUCAUUGGCGGGGUGUCGGCGUUGUCUUCGGGGCAGCUUUGGCCAGGCCCAACCCAUCUAUCCAAGGCAGAGGGCAUUGACGACAAUGACAGCGACGCACAAGCCUACAUCAACCAUCUGUCACAAGGCUUUGCUGAUCCCGACUUACGGAAGUCCUAUCUCGCCCAAAGUCGCGGGGCGAUCCAGUACUUCACCGACACCAUUGGCUUGCAGCUGCAAGUGAUCAAAGACCUGCCCGAUUACUACUACCCAGCGGUGAAAGGCUCUGCUCCUCAGGGGCGUUUUCUUGAAAUCAAACCCUUCCCGGCGAGAAGACUUCUCGGUGACUGGGCCGGCAAGAUUUUGACAUCUCCAUAUGGCGACGGUUUCAGCUACGUGACCGCAAACGAAUUUGUGUCAAUGCAGUUGAAAGGCGGAGAACAUGUCGGCACAUGCCUCCAGCGCCAUGUUGAAGCGGACGAACGGACCUCCGGCGCAGGCCUGGCAGCUGCACAGGUAUAUGCCGCUCUACAGCGUGGAGUCAAAAUCCAACCAUCAACCGAAGUUGUUGACCUUGUUGUCGACGAGGGGAGGAUUACAGGAGUGAUCGCACGCGACUCCUCCUCCUCCUCCUCCUCCUCCACACAACGCAUUCGGGCCCGACGCGGUGUCCUCCUCGCGACUGGGGGCUACGAUCUCCAGCCCGACAUGGUACGCAGCUUCGACAGCCUCAUCAACGCCGGCAACAUGACAAUACCUACCAUCACAGGAGAUCAUCUUACCUUGGCAGCCAAAGUAGGCGCCGUUCCAUAUUCGGCUCAUCCUUCAGCCUUGACUGCUAUCUUUGUCGGAUACCAAAUUCCUGGUGAGCUUAUCUACGGCAAGCCAACCUGGCGAUUGCUUCUCCCUGGAGCGCCACACUCUAUCAUUGUUAACUCGCGGGGCCAUCGCUUUGCCAAUGAUUCCUUUUACCCCGAUGUCUCGGCCAAGGCCGGACGCUACGAUGGACAGGAACAGGGCUUAGUGAACUGGCCGGCAUGGCUUGUCUUCGACCAAGACUUUGUGGAAAAGUACAACCUGCUACCAGCCUACCCGGGCCAACCCUUACCCCAGGGGAUUGCUGUGAGCUCAGAUACGCUGCGCGGUCUGGCCGAAGUGACCGGGAUUGAUGCCGACGGGCUCGCGAGUACAGCAGAACGAUUCAACGGCUUUUGCAAGACCGGCGUGGAUGAAGAUUUUGGACGUGGAUCUCUACCAUGGGGCACGAUCCUGACUGGCGAUUACAGCCUCCCCCAUCCUAGUUUCGCCAAGAUUGUGAAGGCGCCAUUCUAUGCAAUCAAGCUUCAUCGUGUUACUGUGGGUGUCCCAACCGCGGGUUUGCCCAUCAACGGCGACGGGAGUGUCAUCAGUGCGGCUGGUCAUGUUGUCCCCGGCCUUUACGCAACCGGUAAUUCUGCAGCAUAUCGCGACUGGGGAGCUGGAUAUAAUAGUGGGGUUGCGAAUAUGCGCGGCAUGCUUUACGGUUACAAAGCCUCUCUGCAUAUGGUAAGAGGAGCAGGUCCGUAG